AUGGGCGACUUACCAUCGCUGAGCAGCCUGUCAUUGCGCCAGGGCCGUUCCCUGGUGUAUGGCAACCGGUACUGCGCCGCCCCCGACGUCGAAAAGGAGGGGAACGAGAAGAACGUGCACCAAUGGACAGCCUUCGUGGAGGAGAAAGGUGAGUGGGGAGAAGGCGAAGGCAUCCACAAGGUUGAGUUCCACCUGCACCCCACCUUCGACCCUGCCCUCGUGUGCAGCACCCAAGCCCCCUUCCAGCUCACUCGCCCGGGCUGGGGCACGUUCACGGUGGGGAUCGCGGGCAGCCACUGCUCGUCGUGGUCCCUCAGCUUCAUCAAUGCGAGUGCAUUCCACAAGGCCUGCUACAGCGGACUGAGCUCACACGCACAGUUCGAAGCGCCUGCGCAACGAAGGCACCCGGUUCCGAUCCCAGGGGUAGGCCAGGGCGAAGAGAAGACGAACAAGGGCCGCGUGACGAAGAAGUUGUGCGCGCUGCUCAUCGCCAGUCAUCGGCUCGCCGGCUGCAACGUCAACGAACCCGUCGGAAGUCCGGAUAAUGGCACGUCGUCGUCGACCUCCAUCGAGGGCGCGACUCCGCUGGCGCUGCUGAUCAACUCGUCAAGCUCGUCGCGCAAGGCCCUCCGCUUCGCCGACGAUCUGCUAGCCAUCGGAGCUGACCCUGCCGUCGCCUGCGCCUCUCGCACCCGGCGACACAACUACGACGGCCACGCAGGCUCGGGCGGCAGCAGCGAGGAGUGGCGUGACUUCAACUGCCUGCACCUGGCCGUGCUCCUCGGCCGAGCCGACUUCGUCAGAAAGCUCGUCGGGCUGGUGGUGGACAACAAGGCCAACGCGGAGAUGAAGAUCGUCACCGUCGACCAGCCACACCGCAGCAUGUUCGACUACGACGAUGACCUCUUUGGGGGCGGAGAUGAAGAGGAGGAGGAAGCAGAAGUGAACGACCCGGAUGCGCUGAAGCCGGCGCCCAGGAGGCGAGCUGGUAGGGGCGGGAGGAGGAAGAAGGGCAAAAGCCCAACCACCACGACCUGCAGCUUCACCGCGGCCGCGUUGGCGCGCGAGAAGGCACACGACGCGGAGAUCAAGCGUCUACUCGGCGUGUGA